UGUCCUUCACCCUCCAUCUGUCUUCCUUUCGCGUAAACUACUUUUCUUCCUCGAUCCCUCUCCUUCUGCCUCUUGCACUGCAGAAUGAAACAUCGAGGACUACCUGACUGACGUUGGCUUGUCUCGUGCAACUCAUUCGCACCCUCGGACUGCUCUUCUUCAACUCUUCCUGAUCGAGUCUCCUCUGCGGCGUACCCCGUAGCCUUUCAUAAUGGCUACAAAGCGCAAAGCCGCAGCCAUGACUGCGGUCGAGGACGAGGAACCCGUUGAUCCCACUGAUGAACUUGUCUUUGUCGGGUUGGGAGGAUGUCAAGAGGUCGGCAGAUCAUGUCACAUUCUGCAAUACAAGGGCAAGACUGUCAUGCUAGAUGCUGGUAUGCAUACAGGCCGAGAAGGCAUGUCCGCUAUGCCAUACUUUGACGACUUUGAUCUCAGUACUGUCGACAUCCUCCUCAUCAGCCACUUCCACCUUGACCAUGCUGCCGCCCUACCUUAUGUUCUCGCAAAGACCGACUUCCACGGUCGAGUUUUCAUGACUCAUCCCACUAAAGCAAUCUACAAGUGGCUUAUCCAAGACUCGGUUCGCGUCAGCAACACAUCUUCGACGUCAGACCAAAGGACAUCACUUUACACCGAAGCUGAUCACAUCUCAACCUUGCCUCAAAUCGAAACCAUUGAUUUCUACACGACACAUACCGUCUCCGGAGUGAGAAUAACACCAUACCCGGCGGGCCAUGUUCUAGGGGCCGCCAUGUUCCUGAUCAACAUUGCCGGCCUCAACAUAUUCUUCACAGCAGAUUAUUCAAGAGAGCAGGACAGGCAUCUCAUUGCAGCCGAGGUUCCCAAUCCAGAGACAGUUGGCAAGAUCGAUGUUCUGAUCACAGAGUCAACAUUUGGCAUAUCAAAUGCUCCUCCUCGAGCUGAAAGAGAAAGUGCUUUGCUCAAGUCGGUAUCAGGAAUCAUCAAUCGGGGUGGCAAAGUUCUCAUGCCAGUGUUUGCUCUUGGUCGUGCCCAAGAGCUCUUGCUCAUUCUCGAGGACUACUGGCAGCGGCACCCCGAACUUCAGAAGUAUCCAAUCUAUUACACCGGAAACACGGCUCGAAAAUGCAUGGUCGUGUAUCAGACUUAUAUUAAUGCCAUGAACGACAAUAUCAAACGAAUUUUCCGAGAAAGGAUGGCAGAGGCAGAGGCAGCUGGAAAUGCCAAGGGCGUCAGUGCUGGACCUUGGGACUUUCGAUUCGUGCGAAGCUUACGCAACCUCGAUCGAUUCGACGACGUGGGUGGCUGUGUUAUGCUGGCUUCUCCUGGCAUGCUUCAAUCAGGCAUGUCACGGGUUCUCUUAGAAAGAUGGGCACCAGAUCAACGCAAUGGCGUGGUCAUGACUGGAUACAAUGUUGAAGGUACCAUGGCCAGGACCAUCCUGCACGAACCUGAAAUGAUUCCAGCCAUCAUGAGUGGAGGAGGAACAGGGCCGAACCAAGCCAUGGGUCGAAAGAGAGACGACGAUGCCGCCGUGAUGAUUCCUCGAAGAUGUACAGUGGAAGAGUUCCAGUUUGCUGCACAUGUGACAGGAGUGGAGAAUGUCGAAUUCAUUGAACAAGUCGCCGCUCCUCAUGUGAUUCUGGUUCAUGGAGAACGAUCUCAGGCUGCACGAUUACGAUCACGACUGCUGGACCUCAACACAAGACGAUUGGCAAACAACCCCAAUGCUCACCAGACGAAAGUCUAUAGCCCUGAGAAUGGGGCGGAGAUCAGGAUCGCAUUUCGCAAGGAUAAGGUGGCCAAGGUGGUGGGCAAACUUGCACAAAUGACGCUACCAACACCCAACGACGUCGAGGAUGGUCGAGUAGUCAGUGGGGUUUUGGUUCAAAAUGGAUUCAAGCUUAGCCUGAUGGCGCCAGAAGACCUUCGAGAAUAUGCAGGCCUAACAACCACUACCAUCGUAUGCCGUCAACAUAUCACACUUGCUGCUGCAGGUGUGGAGUUGAUCCGGUGGGCAUUAGAAGGCACGUUCGGCAGUAUCGAAGAAGUGGGCGUGGUGAAAUCAGAUAAGGUGGAGAAGGGAAGAAGCAAUGGUCCACAUGCCGCUGAAACCAAUGGACACAAGACUGAAGAGGAAGAAGGGGAAGAGCAAGAAGAAGCAGAUGAAGAGAUUGCCCUGGAACCGGAGCACACUUUCCUGAUCAUGGGAUGCGUCACAUUAAAAUGGUCGGGACGGGAAAAGCAGAUUGAAUUAGAAUGGGAAGGAAACACCAUGAAUGACGGCAUAGCAGAUGCCGUCAUGGCUGUCUUGAUGACGGUUGAGAGCAGUCCAGCUGCGGUCAAGUAUUCGUCGAGCAAGUCUUCUCACACCCACUCGCACCACCAUUCGAACGGCACCAAGGCGCUCAAGAACGACUUCUCUAACGUCUUGCCGGAAGAUCGGUUUUCUCGAGUGUGUCUCUUCCUAGAAGAGCAAUUCGGAGAUGGCGUUGUACCGAUCGAGAGACCUCGAUUACCACAACAGACCAAGGACAAGUCCGCGAAUAUUGGCAAAGAAGAGGAUACCUCUGAGAAUGAGGAAGAAGUGGAAGCCCUGGAAGCAGCGGAACGGGCGCGUCUCGCUGCUCUAGGGAUCCCAGUACCGGGCCUUCAAAUCAAGGUUGACAAGUAUGUUGCUACACUAUGGCUGGAGACAUUGGAGGUCGAAUGCUCAUUCCAAGCACUUCGAGAUCGAGUCAAGGCUGUGGUGGAACGUGCCGUGGAGACGGUCGCUCCGUUGUGGAGUGUCAGGGAGUCAGUUCGGGCAUGAGUGAACCUGGACCUGGACCUGGCAAGGAGUACUCGAGCACGAUGUCGAAAACCAUGGGACUAUGGAUGGGGUGAGACCUUGAAUACGAGCUCAGAACUGCAGAAUGCAGAAAAGACUAGCUACUCAGUAGUUCCUCUGCUUACAAUGCUAAUGUAUCACCAAUUGCUUAUAAGAAGAUCAAAUGGAG